AUGUUGGGAAGCGAGUACCUUCACGGGGAGUCCAGUGGUCUCAAGCCACAGCAACCACUUUCUGUGCCAACUGUCCAGAUACCGAAGCUUCUGCCUGAAGGCCGUCUCAGGGACCUCUUCACCUACGACGGGGUCUGGCUCUUCCCGAAAAAUCAGUGUGACUGUGGAAUUGCCAGAUGGCAGAGCUGUCACUUUCAGGCAGCCUACAGCCACAGCGACCUCCCUGCGGUGAGGGCCCGGCGGCAGGCCGAGUUUGACCACUUUCAGAGGAGAGAAGGGCUGCCCCGCCCAGCGCCCCUGCUGGCUCAGCCCAACCUCCCCUUUGGGUACCCGGUGCACGGGGUGGAGGUGAUGCCCUUGCACACCAUUCCAGUCCCAGGUCUCCAGUAUGAAGGACCAGACGCCUCUGUCUAUGAAGUCACCCUGACAGCUUCUCUGGGGACACUGAACACGCUCGCUAACAUCCCAGACCGUGUGGUGAAAGGCAAAGGCCAGAAGCGGAUGACCGUUUCAACCAAUAACCGGGAACUUUUGAAUUUCAUCCUCCAGCACGUGACCUACACCAGCACACUGUACCAGCACCACCGGGUGGAUGUGGUGAGUCUGGAGUCCAACUCCUCAGUGGCCAAGUUUCCAGUGACCAUCCGCUACCCCAUCAUACCCAAGUUAUAUGACCCUGGACCAGAGAGGAAGCUCAGGAACCUGGUGACCAUCGCCACCAAAACUUUCCUCCGUCCCCAAAAGUUCAUGACCAUGCUCCAGAGUGUUCGCAAGUAUUACCCAGAUUUGACCGUGAUUGUGGCUGACGACAGCAAGGAACCCCUGAAAAUCGAUGACAAAUACGUGGAGUAUUACUUCAUGCCCUUUGGGAAGGGCUGGUUUGCUGGUAGGAACCUGGCCAUCUCUCAGGUCACCACCAAAUAUGUUCUCUGGGUGGACGAUGACUUUCUCUUCAACGACAAGACCAAGGUGGAGGUGCUGGUAGACGUGCUGGAGAGAACCGAAUUAGACGUGGUAGGCGGCAGUGUGCGUGGAAACACAUUCCAGUUUAAACUGUUGCUGGAGCAGGGCAAGGAUGGGGACUGUGUUCACCGGAGGAGAGGCUUUUUCCAGCGCCUGGAGGGCUUCCCCAACUGCGUGGUGACCAGUGGUGUCUUCAACUUCUUCCUGGCCCACACAGAGAGGCUCCAGAGAGUUGGCUUCGACCCCCGCCUGCAGCGAGUGGCUCACUCAGAGUUCUUUAUUGAUGGGCUCGGAAGCUUGUUCGUGGGGUCAUGUCCAGAAGUAACUGUAGGCCACCAACCUUAUUCUUCAGUGGUGGAUCCGGAGCUGACCACCCUGGAGAAGACUUACAAGACAUACCGGGCCAACUCCAAGUCCCAGGUCCAAUUCAAGAUGGCCCUCCACUACUUCAAGAACCAUUUCCACUGUUCCACUUAA